CGCCCGCCCGCGCUCUAUAAGGCGGCGUUGGCCGCGGCGGGUCCCGGGCGGCCAUGGCGGCGCUGCGCUGCCUCCUGCUGCUGCUGUGCGGGGCCGCGCUGGGACCCGCCGUGCACCUGGAUUUCGCCGAGCACCGCAGCCAGGCGGCCAAGAUCAAGGUCAACCCCCGCGGCAACCUGUGGGCCACAGGUCACUUCAUGGGGAAGAAGAGCGUCCCGGGCUCGCCGCGCCUGGAGCCGCCCGAGGAGCCCGCGCUGCCCGUGGCCUUCGGCCCCUCUCUCCGCGCCUUGCUGGAGGACAUGGUGGAACUGCUGACCCGGGAGCUCCUCAAAAUCCUUUUGCAAGAGAGACUUUUGGAUGAGAACCAGGGGAAAUAUGACCUCGCUGACCAGGAGACAGGGCUUCUGGCAAAGGUGCUGGAGAAGUACUUUUCAAACUGACGGAGCCCAGCGCUGGAGGAUGAGCUCUGCAGGCUCGGCCACGCGCGGCGAGCGGAGGAGAGCAUCGUCUUUGUGGGUUACUGUAGCAACGUCACUUUUAUUUAUUAUUCCUUUAAUCUUGUCAAUAGUGAUUGCUUGUAUGAAAAGCAGAGCCUCCCUCUAUAUUUCCUGUAUGUUUUCUGCUUUCUCGGUGGCUGACAUGCCCCUGUGAAUAAAGCCGGCUCUGCGCACACCA